UGAUUGUGUAUUCUUUCUACGCUAGUACAUGGAUAUUGUAUAUUCCAUUCCAAUUGUAUUUACACCAGCCCCGUUCAAUUGCAAUAAACCGGCCGGCCUUUCCAAAAUCAAUUGCAUAUAUAUAUAUGUGAAUGUCUCGAGCUCCGAGCCCCUAGUCAACGCCAAUGAUCAGCUUCGAUAAAAUUCUACGGCCCUGAACAUUCAUUUUGCGGGAACCACACUUUCGUUUACUCCGGAAUAGAGAGUCUCGUCUAUUAUCCCGUGGGGAAUCAUUCAGUGGAUUCGCCUCUAGCCGAGCGUCUACGAUUGGUGUGCUGGCAAAAUGUCAAAUAAAAGCGUUUAAUGGGGUUGGCUGUGGCGACCUUUUAAAGACUGUCAAUUAGCUCGAGUUCAAGCCGAUAAUCCCGUUGAUAGAGUCCUGAAAAGUUUUACAGCUCAUAUAGCAAAAUGUCGACGGUCAUUCUCGGAGGAGGAAUCAUUGGUUCCUCUAUCGCCUACUAUCUCUCCAGUGGCCAAUCCGCAGAAGAAAUCCACGUCGUUGAGUGCUCCUCACAGCUUUUCAGCGCUGCAUCUGGCUACGCAGCUGGUUUCCUAGCAAAAGACUGGUUUGCACCAUCUCUUGCUCCAUUGGCUGCUCUCUCAUUCGACUUACACGACGAAUUGGCCGCGGAGAACGGCGGAACUGAGAAAUGGGGUUACAUGAAGGGUUCCGCGUUGAGUAUGGACGUUUCUACUGGGGGGCCAAGGAAUGGUCCUCGCGGCGAUGACUGGCUACGAGCUGGAACGAGUCGGGCAGAUACUGCUGCAGGAUUUAAAGAGUCGCGGAUUGCAGAGGCACCGACGUGGUUGACGAAGCAGAGAGGUGCGGCAUUGGAGAAGAUUAGUGAUGAUAAUACGACUGCUGUUGCUGACCCGCUGAGACUGAGCAAGUAUCUCAUCAACACGGCGGUUUCUCGUGGUGUUAAGCUUCAUCACCCGGCGAGGGCUGUGUCUGUGGUGACUGAUCAAGGGACUAUCACGGGAGUCAGGGUUGUGGAUCUCAAUACGCAAAACGAGACGAUUAUUCCUUGCACGAAUCUGAUUGUCAGUGCCGGUCCCUGGACUCCACAGGUGUUCCAAGAGAUCUUCCCCUCGUCUGAAGUGUCUCUCCCAAUUGGCCCUCUAGCAGGAUACUCCCUUGUCCUUCGUUCUCCCAGGUACACCCUAGAACACGAACGUGGAACCCAUGCCGGUAAAAGCCAUGCCAUCUUCACAACCCAUCCAGACUCAUGCGGCUUCUGCCCCGAAAUUUUCUCCCGCAAAGGCGGCGAAAUCUACAUCGCUGGACUAAACAGCUGGGACAUCCCCCUUCCCUCACACGCUGAAGGAUCCCGCGACAUAUUUGACCCGAAUGAAAUAGCAAGAUUAAAGGAUGUGUCAGUCCGGUUAAUGGGCAAGUUGGCCGAUGGAAGCGUGGAGUCGACGGACGAUGUGCCAAAUGUUGAUGAUUUGGAGAUUGUGCGGGAGGGAUUAUGUUUCAGGCCUGUUACUAGUCGUGGUACGCCGCUGGUUUCAAAGGUGGAGGAGCAUUCGCUGGGUGGUGUAAAGGCUCAGGGUGGUGUAUAUGUUGCGGCUGGUCAUGGGCCUUGGGGGAUUUCGCUUUCGUUGGGCACUGGAAAGGUUGUUUCUGAGAUGGUGCAGGGAUUGAGGACUUCGGCUGAUGUUAGUGGGUUGGCUGUUUAAUUGUAUAUACUGCAGCUUGUAUAGAAAUAGACGAC